AGUCCUUUACGUAUAGUUUAUUUCCGGGGGUGUAAUAAUUCGAUAAUAAGAUAUAUUCUUUUACGAAAGUGAAUAUCAAAUAAAAAACAUAUUUGUCAAUAUAAUCCAUAUAAAGCAAUGAAUUGUCAAUCAAAUUUGUUUUAAAAGUCGGGAUGCGAGAUUUCCAUUCAUUCGGGUCCAGAUACAACUAUUUGAGAAAGGGCAUUCGUAGCCCUGUCUCAAUACAUAAAGUUGUAAAUAAUCGCGUAAAUGUGAAAAAAUUGAACUUUUAAAGACGAAAAUUUCAGAAACAAUAAAUCCGAUCAAGAGUAUUUUUGUAUAUUCCUGCUCAUGGGAGAGCCUCCUCUUUCACCCGAUACCGCAUUUAUACCGAUCGGACUUAUCAAACCCCGACCGCCAAAGUAAUCAGAAUCGUACCUACAAUGGCCGACAAGCAUUAGCUUGAAGCUCUUUACAAAUCCUUGAAAGAUAGCAAAUAUACUAAAAAACUUUUCGGAGGAGCUUCACUGCUAAAAACAUGUUUGAAAGAAUCUUUCCUAAGGAAAGAGCUAAGCUCCUUUGCAAGUGAACUUUGUACUGAAUACAAUUUUUAAGGCUAAAAGUUGAAAAGUUUUUUAUUCCACGACAAUGGAUUACAAUAAUAUUUCGAAUCUUAAAUCAUAGAUGAGGAAAAUGUUACUAAAUUGCAAGCAGAAAGGCACCAGAGCAGACACUUAUCUAAUUAAGCCGUAACAGCUUGUGGCACUGCCAAUAUCCAAACCAUAUUCCGGUGUACAACAGCAGCUGGUCCGUAAAACACACCACCUUCGAAACCUCCACCAACCUUAUUGAAAGGUUAUGUGAAAAUUAAGGAAAAUAAUAUCGCUAGAAACAGUGACGCCUUACUGGGUUCCCACACAGUUCGAUUGUUGUCACAAAACGCAAUUGUAUUAGGUUUCGAGUAUUGUCACCCGCUUAGGAAAGUAAUACCAACAACAUUAUCAUUGACCUACCCGUUGAAACAAUAGACAUUAAAAUGACUUCGGAAGAUCUUUUGCAACCCGGUCACGUGGUCAAGGAACGAUGGAAAGUUGUGCGAAAAAUAGGUGGUGGCGGUUUUGGAGAAAUUUACGAAGGACAAGAUUUGAUAACUCGCGAACAAGUUGCUCUAAAAGUAGAAUCAGCCCGUCAGCCAAAACAAGUACUCAAAAUGGAAGUGGCCGUACUAAAGAAAUUGCAGGGCAAAGAGCAUGUUUGCCGUUUUAUUGGUUGUGGACGAAAUGAUCGCUUUAAUUAUGUCGUAAUGCAAUUACAAGGUAAAAACCUUGCGGAACUACGACGUGCACAACCGCGUGGCGCCUUUUCGCUGAGUACAACCUUACGACUUGGACUGCAGAUAUUAAAAGCUAUUGAAUCUAUACAUUCAGUAGGAUUUUUACACCGUGAUAUUAAACCUAGCAACUUUUCAAUUGGACGUUUACCCUAUAACUGUCGUCGGGUAUAUAUGUUGGAUUUUGGACUUGCCCGUCAGUAUACCACAGGCACGGGCGAAGUCCGUUGCCCACGUGCCGCGGCUGGAUUCCGUGGCACGGUACGAUAUGCUUCUAUAAAUGCACAUCGAAAUCGCGAAAUGGGACGUCACGAUGAUUUAUGGUCGCUAUUUUACAUGUUAGUUGAGUUCGUCAAUGGCCAAUUGCCGUGGCGUAAAAUUAAAGAUAAGGAGCAAGUAGGUUUUACAAAAGAGAAGUAUGAUCACCGGAUCUUACUGAAACACUUACCUUCGGAUUUAAAGCAAUUUCUGGAACAUAUACAAUCGCUAACAUACUCCGAUCGCCCCGAUUAUGCGAUGUUGAUUGGCUUAUUUGAACGCUGUAUGAAACGUCGUGGAGUAAAGGACUCCGAUCCUUAUGAUUGGGAAAAGAUUGAUACUGUUAAUGCAACCACUAGUCAAACAACCAAUACUGCACAAGUGCUCGGUAAAAACGAGUAUGUACACGGAAAUAUAACGCAGAUGACAGUUGCUGCAUCAAAUGUUAGCGGGACUGAAUACCCACGCCGCCGUAACGACGUCGACACAGCAUUACUGGUCUCAACAGAUCCAGUAAAUGUGAAAGAAAAGGUUGAUAAAAAUUGCAAUGCGCCUCCGACGCAAAUCGACGGUCUUUUGUUGAAUAUGAGCGCCUGCAACCAGAACACCAUUCAAAAGGCAAUACCAGGACAAUCAGCAACAGUAGCAGGUUCCACAAAUGUGCAUUGUCUUAAAACAGUCGAUCCAACGCAUGAGCAGAAAACACAACAAAAGUUAACAUGUCAAUCACAAAUCAAUGCGUCACAAACAACUUUAUUUUUGCCAGCGGCUGUUCCAAAUCUGUCUAAUUCCACAGGUGUAGUUAAACCGAGUACAGUAACGGCCUCUAAUCGCUCAGAUGGUGCUGGCUCCGUUACAGGCUCGACACCUCCAUUGAAUAUACACAAACAUCAUCAAAAACAACAGUUUAUUCAUGGACGUACGCACGUUCAAGCCAGAUCAAAUUCACCAUCCGCGCAAACUGUACGCAAAAAUUUUUCAUCUCCUAUACAGGCUCAAAUUGUUGGCUGUGAUGAAGUAGUUGGAGCGAAUACUACGUCGCUGCAAUCGCGUUUGCCGAAAGAAGAUGCACUCAUUAUUGAUUCUACUAGUAUAGCAGACGAUCACCUUAAUUACCAAAACACUGUUGAAGGCCAGUGCGGCUUUAGAUGUGAUGACUCGCCGAAAAAAAUACAAAGAUCUGACGUUACUAAUGACGAUGGAGAAUCAAAUUUUAAUAAGAACGUGAAUGCAACAGAACCAUUUAUAAAAGGAAAUUCGAGUGCAUACGAUCUAGCAGUGGGUAGCGGUUGUUUCAUAUUAAAUGAAAGUGCAUCUUCGCACGCCCAUGAUGCAACGCCAUUUUCUUUUGAUACUGCUGUAGGUCCGCCAAAAGCUGUUGUGCAUAGCAUUACUCAAAUGGCAACGACCGGCGGAGUACCACAACAACAACAGAUUUAUAUCGCACCAGCCACAAAGUGUCGUUCAACAACAGCUUCUAAUUUGCGACCAGCUUUGGCUUCCAGCGGAAGCGCAUCCCGUUUCGGUAGUGGUGGCUUAACACGCAGCAGCAAUGGCUGUGGUGCAGCUGGUGACCAUUCCAUGACGCAAUUCGCUCUGAUCGAUGACGAAAACGUGUCGGCGUUGCAACAAGUGACCAAAGGUGGCGGUGCGCUUACUUUGGCAUCGCAGUGGAAGAGUCAGUUUGAUGAUUCGGAAGAUACCACUGAUAACGAAUGGAAACAAGAACCACAGAGCCCAGACCAUCGGUCAGCAGCGAAAGUUGUUAACGAAUCGCAGUCGAAUUUAUUUGAAGAUACUAGAGUACCAAAACAACAAGCUGCUACGGUAGCUACAAGUGCUGUGAAUGCUACAGAAUCGAAUCAAGGGAUAGACUGUGCAAAAUCAAAAGAUUUUCGUGCGGAAGUAUCCUUACGCGGCAAGGAACAUUUGCGUACAAAGAAGCCAAUACAAAGGGAGUGUAACAUAAAUAUGACUGAAAUUAAGAACGAUACGACGUUAAGAGAAAUUAUACCCCGUUGCUGGUCUGAUCCUGUCAUGUGUACGGUACUGCGUAGAGACUUAAAACCGCCUAUUAUACAUCAGGCUGCAUUUGAUAACACAGCCUUUCGUAUGGAUAUAAGUAGAAAUGUUUGCGUACGUGACACCAUACCAGCGGUCGUUCCCUUGUCGGAGAAAGGUUUAACACCCAACAAAGUUGUAACAGCUUGCCAUGAGAAUUUAAUUGAACGGGAAGAUGAGAAGAUUUACAACAGUUUGCCGAAUGUGUUUUUUCGCGAUAACCAUAGAGCAGCGGCAAUGAAAGAUGUUUUCCAGCUACUUGAUUUUAAGGUCAUGACAUGGCGUAUGGAAGCAAACACCGUACAAAGGACAUCAGUGCCUUUAUCCAGAGACUAUUGUGAAACAUUUAAAUCGACACUAGAAGCUUGCAAAAAUUUUGAAAAUCGUCAAGAUGCUAGCGCCAGUAGCAAAUUUACACCAAGUGAGAACUGUGUCAAUGGACGUUUGGAAAUACGUGUUAUAGCGCAAGAAAAACCGCACGCCAAGGAAAACUUAAUGUACGAUGUAGUCCCAACUGAACUUAUCAAAGAUACCGCUAUUACUGUUGUCCACCCAGAAGCUAAUGAUAAUGGCAGCAGACCUGCUACAGCGCGUGUGUUAACCCAGAAAUUACCAAGCCAAACCAAUCAAUGUAAUAUGAUAGGUGCGCCACAUUCAAUGAUAUUCCGCGAUUUAAUGAAUAGAAGUGGUGCCGCUGAAAAGAAAACUGAUUGUUAUCCUUUGAAUACACCAAAUAAAAAUGAAGACAUUUAUGACGUUAAGCAUGAAACAGAAGGUGUUUUAUCUGUAGUCCGUACAAGUAUUGUCAAUGCUUCUGAUGUCUCAACGAAUACAACAAGCAGUUCUCAACACACUAACGUAGUUGGCGGUAGUCGUGCCGGUUUCAGCGAAGUUGUGUGUGAGGAAGAAUUAAAUGAUGCUAAGGAUAAUGAAAUUUCCAGUUUAAUUUCCAUACCGGCCAGUAAAAUACCGGUACCGAAUAUACGGCAAGCGAAAUGUGCUUCCUGGUCCGGUUCAGAUAUGACAUCAGCACUAGCGCUGGUGGGCAAAAGUUCAUACUCCGUAGCAACAACAAUACCAGAAUCCGCGUCGAAUUCGAGUAAUAAUGAUAAAAACUGGGAGAACUGUAUAAACAGAACUGCUGCUAAUGAUGUGAAAUGUAUUAACGUAAAUCAAAACCCAAGUUUGACGGAUUUAACACCAGCUUUACGGAAAAGGCGGGAGUCGCACAAAUAUGUCACAGAUCCUUGUCAAUUAAACCUGCGCUUUGCGAGGCCACAUUCCCGUCACACUAGUCGAAAACGUGGUGUGCCAACAAUUUUACUGGGAAAUUUUGAGGAUAACUCGUCAGAUAACAGUGAAGAGCUGCAAGUGCUAACGCAACCCGCAAGGAGUCACGAAAAUAGUGUUAAAGUUAAUAUACAAAAUUUAAAUUCCAUGAAACACCAACAAUCUCAAAGAGAAAUGCAAAAUCAAGAAAUACGGCAGAAUGAGGAAGAGUUAUUGUAUAAUGUGGGUACAGAUCUCAAGUCUUCUGAUAAGAUACGUAAUGAUAUUAUACCGCCACCUGGUGCUCCCAAACUGGAAAAUAGUGCCCGCUUGCGUCGAUAUAGACAUAAUGUAGAUUAACACAAAUAAAUUAAAUUGUCUCGAAAUUGUACCUAGCUAUUUUCAAUAAGUAAUGAACAUAUAGAAAAUAUUUCUAAAUACAUUAGAAGAACAUAGCUAUUUAUGCGCAUAGGCUUUUGCGCUUAAGCUAAAACAUGGCGAUAAACAGUUGUCUAUAACCUAUAAACUUAAAAACAAAAACAGAAAACGAAUGCCAUUGUUGGAAAAUUAAGUUAAUUAAAGUUAAAAGUUUUCAAAAAAAUUGUUUUAAAAAUUAUUCUCAAGCUAUAAAACGGAUAGGGUAAGGUAAUAUUUUGACUAAUAGAAAGAAAUUGUAAGUUGUUCCAAAUAAAGACAAAAGUAUGAAUAA